UUUAGUUGAGUCUCAGUCAAAACACAACCAACUGCGAUUUGGUGGCACAUUCGUUCGAUGGCAACGGUUUGGAUAACAGGCGCGCGCUUUGUUUUAUUAUCCCACAUUAUCAGCGGCAUUAUUGUUAUUGGCAUUGUACGCUCAAUUUUAAUGUUGUAUGGCCCGCGCGCUCUGAAAUCGCAGUCGCCUUCGUAUCUGUAGUCCAGUGGCCAGUGAAUAUCUGAAUUUGAAUUUGAAUUUCAAUUUGAAUCUCAAUUUCGAAGCGUUUCUGAAGCGUCAGUUGAACGUGAAGCGCGCGCUCGUCGCCGUCGUCGGUCGUUUCGGUCAGCGCUAAUAACAAUAAUAAUUAUAAUAACAAUAACAGCAAUAAUAAUAGUAAUAAUAAUAAUAAUAAUAAUAGUUCGUAAUAACAAUAAUGAUAACGCUAUGAAUGUUAAACGAGUCAUUGAAUUCAAAAUGAUUCAAUAGGCGCCACUUCGAAUACUUCAAAUCAAUAUUUACUCAUUAACACCCAACAAAUAUUAUAUAUAUGGUGCCCAGUGUCAAGUGAAUUAAACACGCGUGCAAUUGGAAAAAAUCGAAACCAAAAUCAAGUAUACGAAACUUUAAUGCAACACAACUAAUUUAAACAUACAAAUAUUUUAUAGAAUUUUAUAACUGAUGCGAGCCGGCAAAAGUGCAAUAAAAAUUAAAAAAUAAUACAAAUAAUUUCAAAUAUUCCAAAUUGAUUGAAUAAAUAUUGUAAAACUUAAGUACAUUGCAAAUAUAAUAAAAAAUAAAAAAACAAAAGAAAACUUGGAACCAAAAUAUAUUGAUUAAUUAAAAAUAAUUAUAUUAACUUAUUUAUAUACUAUUGCUUAGGCAAUGCCCAUUGUGCAAUUGAGCGCAAUUGAGUGUUAAAUUUUGUAUACGAGUGCCGUGUGCCGCGUGCAGUUACUUUUAGUAGCUGCUGUAGCUGCCAGUUAACCGCCAAAAUUCUCACCGCCAGCAACAGUCACAACAUGAACUCCUACUUUGAGCAGGCCUCAGGCUUCUAUGGCCAUCCGCACCAGGCGACGGGCAUGACAAUGGGCACGGGAGGCCAUCACGAUCAGACGACGGCCAGCGCAGCGGCGGCCGCCUACAGAGGCUUCCCGCUAUCGCUGGGCAUGUCUCCGUACGCCAACCAUCAUCUGCAGCGCACCACACAGGACUCGCCGUACGAUGCGAGCAUCACGGCUGCCUGCAACAAGAUCUACGGGGAUGCAGGCAGUGCCUACAAACAGGAUUGCCUUAACAUCAAAGCGGACGCCGUCAAUGGCUACAAGGACAUUUGGAACACGGGCGGCGCCAAUGGCGGGGGCGGAGGUGGCGGUGGCGGCGGUGCCACCGCUGGCAACACCUCAAAUGGCUCCAAUGCGCCCAAUGCUGCAAAUGGACAGAAUAAUGCGGGCGGCGGUGGCAUGCCCGUUCGCCCAUCCGCCUGCACGCCCGACUCUCGCGUCGGCGGCUAUUUGGACACAUCGGGCGGCAGCCCGGUUAGCCAUCGCGGCGGCGGCAGUGCUGGCGGCGGCAACGGCACCGCCGGCGGCGUACCACAGAAUACAGCCAGCGGCGUGGGCGGCGGUGUGGGCGCGGCCACAGCCUGGAAUGCCAAUUGCACCAUCUCGGGCGCUGCGGCGGCUCAAACAGCGGCCGCCAGCAGUUUACACCAGGCCAGCAAUCACACCUUCUACCCCUGGAUGGCAAUCGCAGGUGAGUCCACAGCAGAUCCAAGCAAAAGUAAGAUAAGAUCUGAUUUAACACAAUACGGCGGCAUAUCAACAGACAUGGGUAAGAGAUACUCAGAAUCUCUUGCGGGAUCACUUCUUCCAGACUGGCUAGGCACAAAUGGUCUGAGGAGACGCGGCCGACAGACAUACACCCGCUACCAGACGCUCGAGCUGGAGAAGGAGUUCCACACGAAUCACUAUCUGACCCGCAGACGGAGAAUCGAGAUGGCGCACGCGCUGUGCUUGACGGAGCGACAGAUCAAGAUCUGGUUCCAGAAUCGACGAAUGAAAUUGAAAAAGGAGAUCCAGGCGAUCAAGGAGCUCAACGAGCAGGAGAAACAGGCGCAGGCGCAGAAGGCAGCGGCGGCAGCGGCCGCGGCGGCGGCCGUCCAGGGCGGGCAUUUAGAUCAGAAUUAGAAUCAAUUCAGCAAAACGAAAACAAAAAGAAAAUUAUUGUAACAAAUAAACCCUUUACUUAACUUAAAUUAAUAAUUGAAUAUAUAAAUUAAUAAUAUUGAUAUUGUAUGGUACCAUAAAAGAACUAUUUCAAAUUGUUUGAAAAGCAACCGAAAAUACGUAAAGCGAAGAGCAACAAAAAUUACAAAUAAAUUUCGUAGACUCUAAGUAAAUGAAAAACUCUAAAAGUAGUUGACAGAACGCAGAUCUACUUACCUAGAUACAUACAUACAUACGUACAUUUAUGCAUACGAAUACAAAAUACAAACUACAAAUUUUCAUUUAAAAUUCCACAAGAAGAGAUCGUCGUAAACUAUUUGAACAUUGUUUGCCCGCGUAAGAUUUAUGAUUUAAAACGAGCAAAAUUUAUUUCUCAAAAAUUCUGUUCAAAUGUUGUUUACCACCAAUGUCGCCCCGCAACCCGCAGCUCGCACCACGCCCUGCCCUGACCCACACUCAAAAAAAAAACACUUUGUUGCUUACUGCUAUGUUUAAAUUAUUUUGUUCGAAUAAACUAAAAAUAAAAAAAAAUAAAGAAAAAUACUCAUAUAAAAUGUUAAAAGGUAAAAUUUAAAUUCUGUUGAUAUGAAUUUUUGUAAGGCGCGUUUUUAAACCAAUUAAAAACAAAACAAAAAGGAAAAAACAAAAACAAAAAUUAAUUAAAAACAAAACAAAACUAUUGAAAA